ACGUUUGGCAACAGAUAUUACUUACUUAUGAGUUGUUGAGUGAAAUUGUUCUUCGACCAUCGGCGCGUCGGACGUCGGAUUCGGGAAUUGUCGGCGAUGAGCAUUUUAAGAUUGCAAAAGCGGCUUGCUGCCGCAGUGCUAAAAUGUGGAAAGAGGAAAGUUUGGCUCGAUCCGAAUGAAAUGAGUGAGAUAGCUAAUGCAAACUCAAGGCAAAACAUUCGUAAGCUUAUCAAGGAUGGUCUUAUUAUUCGCAAGCCAGUAGCUGUGCAUUCACGGGCGAGAGUACGUAAAAACAAGGAGGCUAGAAGGAAAGGACGUCACUGUGGUCCUGGAAAAAGGAAAGGAACAGCUAAUGCUCGAAUGCCGAAAAAAGUUGUUUGGAUUCGGCGUAUGAGGGUUCUUAGGAGAUUGUUAAAAAAAUACAGAGAAGCUAAAAAGAUUGAUAGGCAUUUGUACCAUGAGUUGUACAUGAAGGCUAAGGGCAAUGUGUUCAAAAACAAGAGAGUGUUGAUGGAGUUCAUUCAUCGUAAAAAGGCUGAGAAAUCUCGUUCCAAAAUGCUUCUGGAUCAAGCCGAGGCCAGGCGUCAAAAGGUGCGUGAAGCUCGUCGACGACGAGAAGAAAGACAACAGCAAAAGAAAGCUGAAUUAUUGCAAGCUUUCCAGAAAGAAGAAGAGGCUGUAAAAAAAUAAAUGUAUAGACGUUAAAUGAAUGGCUAAUAAAUGU